ACACCAUCCAGGAAGCGCAGCCCCACCUACCGGGAAUCCACCUCCUCCCCGCCGGACACUGACGCCUGACCUACUAGCGGGGGCGACGUCACCUUUAGCCGAAUUGCCGACGUCGCUGAUCCUGGCACAAGUGUGGCGUGAACUUGUAGAUCGAAUGUUUCUCAUGAAUUUGCGCAACUUCUUCUUGCUCUUUUAAUUAUCAAAAACUUUGUAACGAGAAGGAAAGAAAUGUAAACAGCGAAUUUUUAUGUUUGAAAAGAACCAGCAGAACUACGUGUAAACUUCCAGCCAAUCCGGUCGAGGCCACACGAGAGGCAACACGUCGUCACCGAGUGCUAGUUAAAAAAUAACUAAUAAGAAAUGGGUUCCGGAGAAGGAAGUGGUGUAGGUGGUGGUACAGGUGCUGGUGCUGGUGCAGGAGGCUCAACAGGAACCACAGGGUCAGGGGGUACUCUAUGGCUUGUCCUCUGGCUCCUCUUGCUGAUUUUCGCUGCACUCUGGGUUGCUGGGUUCUGUGCAUGGUGGUACAUCAUGCUCAUCCCCUUCACAGUGUGCUUGCCACCGUUAGCAGCUGUCACUGACGUUUUGCUUCGUGGAACACAGCUGACGUAUUUCUGUGCUAAGAACAUGAUGGAACGCAACAACUUCAGUGAAGCAAUGGCAAAUGCUGCCACCACUGUUCCUCCCACAGUUCUUGUUGUACAGAGCUAGACUUUGGUAUUGGAAGAGCAAUAUUAUUAUUAUUGUUUUUUGUUUUUUUCAUAAGUAUUUCUUCAAAUUCUAUGUUCCACAAACUAAAAAGAAUUUUUUUUACACAUUUCGUAUAAAGAGGUAUGAAUUGUAGGGUUUAGUAGUUCCCUGUGAUAAUAUCUAAAACGAGAUAUUGCACUGUAAUUUUUCUCCAUCAGAUAGAUGUUAUGAAAAAAUACACUUCAAUUGAAGAGAAGACCAUGUUUUAAUGAGAUCAUAUGAUCACUUUCUUAGGUGCCAAAUUUGCAUACUCGUUUGACAAUAUCUGCUCUAGUUGGAACACAGCCUAGAGGAGUACUUACUUUUUUUUUUUUUUUUUUUAUAAUCUCUAUAUCUCAUAAAUUAUUGCUCAUUAUUUCAUGUUCAAUUUAAAAAGUUGCUUUCUGAUGUACAUGCAUUUAUUUUCAGAAAUUUGCUCUUUGUAAACUGUUUUCUUGCCUUUUCAAUGCUACUCAGAGUUUGAUUUAGUCACUAAGCUGUCUCUAAUGUUCAUAUGCAGUCCUUUAUGAAUGUUAUGUACAGGAGAAUAGAUGUUGCAUUUUUGUUAAAAGCUGUUACAUUGUUAAUAAUUUUUAGAUGAAUUCUUUGCAGUAGACGUCCUGCAACUGAAAGAAAUGCUUCAGUCUUCCAAUUGCUUCUAGAAAUUUCACUGAAUCUUUUGUAAUACCUAAUAUUGUUGAUUAUUAAAAGUCUAUUUUGGUUAAUAUUUAGACAAGUCAGAAGUUUGUAGAGAGGUUUAAAUAUUUUUAAUGAAUUUUUCUUGACUAUUGAUAACAGGGAAAAUGAUUGAAAAGAAAAAUUACAAUAAUAUAGAAAGAUAUGAAUGUUGUGCAUUUCCAUAAACAAAUGGUAAAGUAUAUAUACAUUUAAAAAAUGUUAUUCUUUAAAUUUAUUUUUCAUAUCCAUGUUCUCUGAAACCAUGCAAAAUAAUGUACAAUUUAUUGCCUGAAGCAAAUACCAACCUUGUAACAAGGUAUUGUUUGAAGUAUUUUGGAUACCAUGUUGCAUAAACAAAUGGUAUUUCUUAACUGCACAAUAUGUUAAUUGAAGCCUCAUAUUGGUACUUUUAACACUUCUAUCUUAAAGUUCAAAUAUAAUUUUAUAUAAAUUUAAGGAUUUGAAAGUUUUGCAUACAACUGUUUCAAUUUGGUAUUUGUUCUGACAUAUGAGAGAGUGGAAGCAUUUUAUUGGGAGAUAAUUUUCUACUUCUGAAAAAAGCAAACCUUUUCUUUAAUUCAAUAAGUCAGCUGCCAUUAUUAUAGUAAGAGGAUAAUUUACAGGGAAUUUACCACUGUUAUUCUUGUCAUAUUAAAGAAACAAAGCAAAAUGGAUCUUUUGAGUUGAAAGUGAUUCCCUUAACCAGUGUCAUUUUUAUACCUAGUAUGUAGUGUGAGUCUACUAAUUAAGCAAUUGCAGAAUACUUGCAUGUCCAUUUGGGUCAUUUAAUUAAUUGUUUGUUAAAUUUCUAUCUCUAAAACAGGCCAGUGUUCUGUAAUUUACUUUGUAAUUGAAGGCACAAAUCAAUCAGAAAGAUGCUUUUAUUAAAGUAUGGAGAAAGUGUCUGGAGGAAAGAAAAUGCUGUUUCUAUUUAUUCUGUUUAUACAUUGUUCCUGACUAUGAUGCACAAGUGCACUAUAGUUUGAAUUAUACUAAUAAGUUUUAGCCAUCAUUGCCAUGUAAGUUAUAAUGAAGCCCCAUUUAUGAAUGAACUUGUGUAAUUUUUUUAUGUGCAUAUAAUUAUGUGCAUCAUCCUUUAUAAUUUUACUGGUGUUGAAGGAAAAAACUGAUGAGGUCCAUGUAUUUCAAUGCACAAACUUAAGAUUUUGGGUAUAUUUCAAAUAUGGCAAGAGCCUGAAAGUGUUGCUAAUUUUUCAGUUUAAAAAUAAACUCAACGUCAAACCAAUUUUUCUGUUCGUCCUACCUAUAAAAAUGAUUUUUUUUUAUUUUACAUUUGGAAUUAGUGUUUGAGUAUAAUCAAGGGAGUCCUGAAAAUUAUGAAACAAACUUCAUUUGGGUUCAUAAGAAAACAAGAUAAGAUGUGAUAUGAGAUCCUUCUAUUCACAACUCUCUCUAUAAAUUAUUCACACCUUUAGCACAUAAUGAAAAAGACAAUUUUGUACAUACAAUCUGAGACUGCAUACUAAUUUUACUUAUGUACUUCAAAAAUGCUUUACCAUAAACUUGCUAGAACACAAUACCAGUAAACAGAAAUAUACUGCAGUCAUGAAUCUUACUAAGCUCCCAGCUAAAUGGUGUCUGUCUUCCCCAAACAAAUCAUACCUUUACAAAAACAAACUUGAUUUUUCUUAAGGGGGGGGGGGGGGGCACGGAAAAAAAUAUAUAACUUCAUUAAUUUGCCACUGAUAGAUAAAAUCUACUAUACCACAACUAACUUAUCAACUGUUUCUGUCACUAGUGGAAGAUGCUGCCAUACCACAUCUGGAUCUUUGUAUACAGAGGCAUCAACCUGAAAGGAAUUAUGAUUACAAGUAGGUAUACAUAUCUAUACAUAUAUUGAUGUAGACAGACAGAUAGAUAGAGAGAUAGGCAGACAGACAGAAAUGGGCAUGUAUCAAUAAUUGGUUUGAACUUGAGGCCUUUUUUUUUUUUUUUUUUUUUUUUUUUUUUAAUCCUAGAACCCCUAACACUUUGAUACAUUGUUUCAAGUUGUAUCACAGUCGCAACAAAACAUGAUAUCAAGUUUGUAGUGACAUGUAGUUUUGAG